CAGCCGGCGCAGCUCCGAGUCCGAGUCCGAGUCCGAUUCCGAGCURUAGCACCGGCCCUUUUGGAAUCAAGCCGAGAUCCCCGCCUGGCACCGGUCGGAGCGCAGGUUGGUGUGUCAACGCACAUCCCGGGAAUUAUCGGAGGUAGCGAGGCACGACCACCCCCGGGUACCACACGGUGCGGAGCCAGGAUUGCCCCUGACAGGCCUGGUCACAGCCGGAGCGCGCAGGAAGUCUGGGAGUCCCUAAAGGGCCUAGGCACUGAAGAGGAGAAAAGGAGAGGAUUCCAUCUAAGAGCAUACCGUAGACUCGGUGCAGGGAGGACAGUGGAGACUUCAUCCAGCACGGGGCAGAGGUGCUCGGAGCUCUGAGACCAGGCUCACGCUUGGCAUCCCAGCAGCCACAACCUAGACUCUACCUUAUCUGAGUCAGAACACAGAUAGCCUAGCUUCCAGACCUCGGCUGGCCCAGGGGACCUUGCACACAGAAACCGUUCCCUCACCUGUUUGAGACUGGCACAGGGUACAAGGAACCAGAGUCUGGCCUGACUCAAAGUGAGGAUCUCUGGUGGACCUGAGCUGCUCACUGGGGAGCCUGCCUCCUGCCCCAUCUCCACUGGUGCGAAUGUGCCGCUGCCCAUUGGAACAACAUGAAGGCAGGAUGACCUCAGCGGAAGCAGUGGAAGUGACUGGAAGUGCUCGAGUGGCUGGAUCCCCUGAGUGGCCCCCUGGCAGCCCCCAGGUCCUCCGGCAACCUGGCCGGGUCCGGGUGGCUGUGGCAGGAUUGGUGUGGCUGCUGGCAGGAGCCAGCAUGUCAAGCCUCAACAAGUGGAUUUUCACAGUGCAUGGCUUCGGGCGGCCCCUGUUGCUCUCAGCGCUGCACAUGCUGGCGGCAGCACUAGCAUGCCACUGGGGGGCACGACGCGGGAUGCCUGGGAGCACCCGCCUACGAGUGCUGCUGCUCAGCCUCACCUUUGGCACAUCCAUGGCCUGUGGCAAUGUGGGUCUGAGCACUGUGCCCUUGGACCUGGCUCAGCUGGCUACUACCACCACACCACUGUUCACAAUGGCCCUGUCUGCGCUGCUGCUGGGACGUCGCCACCAUCCACUACAGUUUGCUGCCAUGGGUCCACUCUGCCUGGGGGCAGCCUGCAGCCUGGCUGGAGAGUUCUGGGCACCCCCUGCUGGCUGUGGCUUCUUGCUGGCAGCCACCUGCCUCCGAGGUCUCAAGUCUGUUCAGCAGAGUGCCUUGCUGCAGGAGGAAAGGCUAGAUGCAGUGACUCUCCUGUAUGCAACCUCGCUGCCCAGCUUCUGCCUGCUGGCGGGUGCAGCACUGGUGCUGGAAGCUGGUGUGGCCCCACCACCCGUUCCUACAGAUUCCCGCCUCUGGGCCUGUGUCCUGCUCAGCUGCCUCCUGUCUGUGGUCUACAACCUCGCCAGCUUUUCUUUGCUGGCCCUCACCUCCGCUCUCACCGUCCAUGUGCUGGGCAACCUCACCGUCGUGGGCAACCUCAUCCUAUCCCACCUCCUGUUUGGCAGCCACCUCAGCACCCUGAGCUAUGUGGGCAUUGCGCUUACCCUUUCAGGAAUGUUCCUUUACCACAACUGUGAGUUUGUGGCCUCGUGGGCUGCCCGCCGGGGGCUGUGGCAAAGAGAGAAGCCUGGCAAAGGUCUUUGAGAUCUGGGGGAACUCAUGAACCACACCCAGGACAGCCUCAUCCUGAAUCAACCUUGGCCAAUGGCCAUGGGAAAAGUGGAAAGCAGGCAGCCACCAGGCCAAGGGAAGGAGAGGCACCUUCUGGAAGGACUCCGUAAGAGCUGGAAUGGUGACUUCCAGAGACAUCUACCUCUUGUCCCUGCCUAUCUUACCCUGUCACAGACCCCAUCCACCGCGGGAUGGUGGAUCAAAGCCUGGCAUAGUCACUGCACCUGUUGGACUAAUUUUUAUGAUUAGUAAAACUGUAUCAACUGUUACACUGAAAUUUCUGGGCAAACUUUGAAAAAUCUCAACGUGUUAUGAUGACAACGAUUCUCAACAAUUGCACAAUUCUUCCUCCAGUGGGGUAAGCAGUGUGGGGUUCCAAGAAAGUGGAACUACUCUCCACUGCUAGAUCCCUCAAGGACUUGGGGUAGUCUAUGCCAACUCCAGGCAGCUGCUACAGCCUCAUUCUUGGUCCUCCCAUUUUUGGGUCUU